AUGACCCUCCUGCAGCCUGAUCUUCACCCAGUCGGAGGAUGCAUAGCGCCGCUGUUUGGAGUCGAAUCACGGCCGGAUAACUUCUUAAUUCUGCGGUGACGGACUCGAACCUCCGCGCGCCUCGUCCGCUCGGCCUCUGCUCUCUCUCCCCCCGCUGAGGACGUCGGGUUGGCGGCCGCCGCUUCGCUCCGGGAGCCGGACGCUCGCAGACGUUACGUCGGGACAAUGGAAUCUAACGUCCUCCCGGACAGUAUCCGCCCUCCGAGGCUGCAGCCGGGGAUCGGCUUCGGGUCCGGGCCGACCGGCACGCUCCGCUCCUCCCUCCGGCCCGGGGUGACGGUCCCCAUCGCGCCGCUGCUGUCCUCCCCGGCCUCCCUGGCCGCGUCGUCCGGGCCUCCUCCUCCUCCGCCGCCGCUGCAGCUCCACAGCCUGUACGGCGGGAUGAUGGGAGCGGGGCCCGGGCUGGGGCUGGGGCUGGGGCCGGGCACGGGGACGAUCCCGGGGGCGUCCGGCCACGGCAACCCGGGGAACCCGGCGGUGCUGAAGGAGGCGGUGGAGGCGGUGGUCCGCAGCUUCGCCAAACACACGCAGGGAUACGGCAGAGUGAAUGUGGUGGAGGCUUUACAGGAGUUCUGGCAGAUGAAGCUGACCCGGGGGGCCGAUCUGCGGAACGGAGCCCUGGUGGUUUAUGAAAUGGUCCCAUCCAACAGCCCUCCAUACGUCUGCUACGUCAGUCUUCCGGGCGGCAGCUGCUUUGGAAGUUUCCAGUUCUGUCCCACUAAAGCGGAGGCCAGGCGCAGCGCUGCCAAGAUCGCCCUGAUGAAUUCUGUUUUCAAUGAGCACCCCUCUCGCCGGAUUACAGACGACUUUAUCGAGAAGAGCGUGAGCGAGGCGCUGGCCUCCUUCAACGGAAACAGAGAAGAAGCCGACAACCCCAACACGGGGAUCGGGGCCUUCCGCUUCAUGCUCGAAUCCAACAAAGGGAAGUCCAUGCUGGAGUUUCAGGAGCUGAUGACCGUGUUCCAGCUGCUGCACUGGAACGGCAGCCUGAAAGCCAUGAGAGAACGACAGUGUUCCCGACAGGAGGUGCUGGCUCACUAUUCCCAUCGGGCCCUGGACGACGACAUGCGCACCCAGAUGGCGGCGGACUGGGUGAACCGGGAGCAGAGCGUGGCGGGCACCAUCGCCCAGGAGCUGGCCUCCACGGAGCGGGAGCUGGAGGACGCCCGGCUGGCGGGCCGAGAACUGCGUUUUUACAAAGAGAAGAAAGACAUCCUGAUGCUCGCCGUGGGUCAGCUGAGCGCCGCCAACACCGCCACGCUGCCGUCACACUAAAACCCGCCUUCGCGCCCCGUAGGAUCCUCGGUAAACGGUAUGGAAAGGUGACCCAUCUGAACUGGUGUUACGAGGACCAGGUAAUCUGGCUCUUUACUCGCAGCCUGUGGAGGAAACACACGCCUCUUUGUGCCUCACGAUCACAGUCUAACCCUGCAUUUUUUUUUUUAAGACAAACAGCAGAACUGGGCCUCCACAUGUGUCCUUUUUCCCAUUAUUUCCUGCUGCGUUUACUCAGAGUAGACCAACGCAAACAAAGCCUUGUUUUUAUCAGUGAAUGUACAAUGAGAUGAGUGCUCGAACCAAACAACAAUGAAGUAUUGUUUAUUUCUUUGACUGUGUGUUUCUAAGUGUUUGCUUUCUUUCUAUUUGUAAAAAAAAAAAAAAAAAAAAGAAAAAGUUUGGAUUUCAAAUCCUAUCUUAAGUAACCUGCUCUUUUCAUAAACUGCACAUUUUUCUACAUCAAACAGAAAGAUAUCUUAUUAGAUUUUCUGCAUCAGGUGCUCAGUUUAAGCAGUAUAAUGGGAAUAUAAUGCAAGUACGCUAAACCUGCCUCCUCAGAUCAUGAGACCAACUCCCACACAGCAUCAAUAUGUACUUUUUUGGGUCAGCAGAUGACUGUCGGCUCUGACAGCAGCUCAGGUUUUUCUUUCACAACAACAGAUCACUAUGUCGUCUUUGUUUUCUUCGCGAAGGCUUUCUGUUUGCCUGGUGACCACGCGACACUCGCCGAAUGUAAUAUUUCCAGCGUGCUUAUCCAGUGAAGGACCUGCAGAGCAAAGCUGUUGAAGUGUAGACUCUGUGGAGCUCCUCCUGUGAUCCAGAUUGUGUUUGUCAUGUGCUUUUUAGCUGGAGGAGUUUAAAUAAGUGGGCGCAGGGGUGGGACUGGAGUACAAACAUGAAAGGUCUAAAAAUGAGCUGAUUCAUUUAGUGUGAGUCACAGCAAGUCAACACAAAACAGAUCCUGCUUUGUGUCUUUGUUUGGAGAUACCAGAAGCAGAAAGUGUCUAUUGGCAGUAUUGAUAAAAAAAAAACAGAAAAGAAAAGAAAAAACAUGUAAUGUAAUGUAACUCACACUUAUUGCCUGACCUUUUUUCAUACUGUAAAUGUGAUAUCUUUAUAUGGUCUGUAUAUCUAAA